AUGCCUGACAUCCAGCCCGAGCCCGAGCCGGAGUCGGGAGGCGGCCAGGUCCUGGCUGUAGACCACUCCCACUUGGCCAACAAGAUUGAGAACUACGAGCAGGUCCUCCAAGAUGCCGCUGCGGCGGACCGGCAGGAACACAAGAUGGGCGGAUGGGAGACGUUCAAGGCGUAUCGCAAGGCGGCGUUCUGGUCGGCGAUACUCUCCACCUGCUUGGUGAUGGAGGGGUUUGACCUAGUCGUUAUUGGCAGUUUCUACGGCCAGCCGGCGUUUCAACAGCGUUUCGGGACGUACGACCCCGCGACGGGCGGAUGGCUCAUCACCGCCGAAUGGCAGACGGGGCUCAGUAACGGCGCUCUCGUCGGUGAGAUCCUGGGCAUAGUGAUCAACGGCUAUUGCACAGACAAGUUCGGAUACAAACCCACCGUCCUCGGCGCGCUCGUGGCCAUGGCGGCGUUCAUCUUCAUACCGGUGUUCGCGCAGAGUCUCACCGUGCUGGUGGUGGGUGAGAUCCUGCAGGGGAUCCCGUGGGGUAUCUUCCAGGUCGUGACCACUGCGUACGCCGCGGAUGUGUGCCCGAUCAACCUCCGCGCGUACCUCACCACAUUUAUCAACAUGUGCUGGGGAAUGGGUAUUUUCUUGUCGUCGGGAAUCACUCUUCAUGCCAAGUGGUCAUCAGGUUGUGGUUACGCGGUAUACAUGUCUCCCCAGGUGUCCGGUCUGAUCCUUGUCACAGGCUGGCGCCUCCCGUUCUGCCUCCAGUGGAUCUGGCCCCCGGUGCUGUUCACCAUCAUCCUCUUCGCGCCCGAAUCGCCCUGGUGGUUAGUCCGCCAAGGCCGUUUCGCCGACGCCGAGGACUCGUGCCGCCGUCUCUCGUCGAGGGAGUACUACACCCCCGAAUCGGGAAAGAGGCAGGUGGCGUACAUGAUCCACACGACGGCGAUGGAGCGGGAGGAAUCGGAGGGCGCGAGGUUCGUGGAUUGUUUCAGGGGGAAGAUCAACCUCCGGCGCACGGAGAUUGUGUGCGCCGUGUUCACCAUCCAGUGGUGGUGCGGCGACCCGCUCAUCUCCUACGCCAUCACGUUCUACGAGGAAGCCGGCCUCGACGCGAUCAAGGCGUUUGACCUGAACCUGGGUGUCACGUCGAUGUACAUCGUCGGAACCCUGAUCUCGUGGCCGCUCGUGUCCCGCUUCGGACGCCGGACGAUCUACCUCUACGGCCUAGCCGGCAUGGGCGCCACCAUGCUCAUCACGGGCAUCCUCGGCUUCGUGAAUGCCAACGGCGCGAAAUGGGCGAUCGGAACAAUGUUGAUCCUCCUCAAUUUGUUCUACAACAUGAGCGUCGGGCCGGCUUGUUAUGUCAUCAUCUCCGAGACGCACUCGACGAGGCUCCGCGCGAAGUCCAUCGUGCUCGCCCGGAACGCCUACAACAUCACCGGCAUAAUCACCAACACCAUCACCCCGCGUAUGAUCUCCCCACUGGCGUGGGGCUGGGGGGCCCGAUGCGGUCUGUUCUGGUUCGGCACCUGCGUGCUCAGCUGGUUAUGGUGUCUCUUCAGACUCCCAGAGACGAAAGGGCGGAGUUAUGGCGAGCUGGACAUCCUGUUCAACAAUCGCGUAGAGGCGUGGAAAUUCGCAAGGACCAAAGUGGAUCGUGAGUGCUCGUACAGCACAUACUAAUUCGCUGGAUUGCCAGAGGACUGGUCGGGCGGCGACGUCAACGUCGACAAGAAAGGUGUCGAGCCGGAGCACGAGCACGUAGAGCAAGCGCGUUGA